AUGUCGUUUCGUACCAGUGAUUCUUCAGUAACAUCAACAUCCAUAAUGAAAAAAUCAUCAUUACAAUCGGAUGAAUUAAGAGAACGUACAGAAGAAUUCAAACAAUCCUUGGUAAUAUGGCGUAAUAUUUUAUUACCUUUAAAUAAUUUACUUGAAUGGGAACAUAAAUAUGAUCCAUUUGUUAUUUUUGGUAUUAUUACUUUUAUUUUCAUCUUUAUACUUCAAGCAAAUCCACCUGUAUUGACACUCGUUAGUUGUGUUGUUUUGGCUUUUGUACUUAUUGAUUUGAUUGUACCAAUUAUCGCUCGUCUUCUUUUUAAAAAUGAUAACUGGACAUCAGCUAAAGAUGCCAAAUAUACUCGAUUAUGUGGACGUAUUGCUAAUUUUGAACAACAUAUUAAAAAAUUAUGUGAAUCAGCUUUGAAAAUGCGCAAAGAACGACCUCUUAUGUAUUUGAUGCUCGGUGCAAUUUUUCUUUCUUUUAUUGCAUAUUGUGGUCAACGUGUUGAUAAUCUUCUUCUUAGUUAUUUAACAACACUUAUAACUUGUCUUAUACCUGGUAUUCGUAAUCGUCAAUUAAUUCCAUUGAUUCGUCAACAAAUUACUGAUUUUUGGAAUAAUAAAAAAUCAAUACCAAAUGUAUCUGUUUUAAAUUCAACUCCAACAAAAUCAUCAGUUAAAGCAUCAACAGUUAUUCGUUCAUCAUCAAAUCAACCAACAUAUACACUUUAUUCAACUACAUCUUAUGGAAGUAACAAAACAAAAGCUCAAUAA